AUGGGCUCCUCCAAAGACACCACGAGCGACGCCGAGUCCGGCUACGCCUCCGGCUCCUCCUCCCGCGCAACCCUCCCACAAAUCACCUUCACCAAGCCGCAACUAAAGCACAUCAACUCCCAACUCUCCCGCAUGGAACCCCUCGCCAUCCUCCGCUGGGCCAAGACCACCCUCCCCUCCCUCUUCCAAACCACCGCCUUCGGCCUCACCGGCCUCGUCACCAUCGACCUCCUCUCCAAGCUACAAGCCGAGGACCCCUCCUCCCCCCCCGUCCCCCUCAUCUUCCUCGACACCUUCCACCACUUCCCCGAGACCCUCGACCUGCUCCAGCGCAUCCAAGCCCGCUACCCCGACGCGGCCCUCCACACCUUCUCCCCCGCUGGCCUCGCCAACGCAGAGGAGUUUGAGACCCGCUAUGGUCCCAAGCUGUGGGAGACGGAACCAGAUCUGUACGACUGGGUCGCCAAGGUCGAGCUCGCCGAGCGCGCAUACUCCGAUCUCAGCGUCGCGGCAGUCCUCACCGGCCGCCGUCGUUCGCAGGGCGACAAGCGCUCCGAUCUCGGUAUUCUUGAAGUCGACGACGCCGGGCUGGUCAAGUUGAACCCCCUCUUCAACUGGUCAUUCGCGCAGGUGAAAGCGUAUAUCGAUGAGAACAACGUGCCGUACAACGUGUUGUUGGACCAGGGAUACAAGAGCGUGGGAGACUGGCACAGCACGCAGCCUGUUGCGCAGGGAGAGGAUGAGCGCGCUGGAAGGUGGAAGGGACAAGAGAAGACGGAGUGCGGGAUUCAUAAUAAGAGAAGCAAGUACGCGGUGUACCUCGAGGAGAUGGAGAGGAAGGCCAAGGCAGAGGCCGAGGCUGCUGCGGCGGUCGCCCCUACGCCUGUGGCGCCUGUGGAGAUCGCGAUCUGAGCGAGGAUCUGAGCGGAGUGGAUUUUUUGCUUCAUGACGGCGUUUUGGGAGCAUAAAGUCACGGCGUUGGCGGAUAUCUUGGGGUUGGGCAUAAUAUUGGCCGUAUUCCGUGGAGAAGCGGGAUAGAUUUUGGGCGAAAGAGGCAUGAAUAUAGAUGAAUUCUGAUGGCACUAGGGGAGGAGAGAGGUUAUACAUAGAAAAAGGAAGAAGAGUGCUACUUCAAAAUUGUCUUUUUGAUGUGUAUAAGUGCCUUUUGAUGAUGAAGUAGGAGAGAAGUGAGGUUUGUGAAUUGAUCUUGGGAAGGUGAAGGUUGUGAUGGAUACAGGGCGCCCAUCACGUGCGGAAGGGUUAGGGGACCUUAUCUACAGCGGGGUCUAGCGGCUCGGCACGCUUCUUAUCGGUCCAAGCUCCGCCGCCUUCAACCACAACCGCCCAACGACGUCUGUCAGAUAUAGAGACAGAAAAUAUAUAUCUUCAUCCCUGGCCAUCCCAUCAUGCCAGCCCAUGAGCACUGCAGAGACAGCCAACUCGAUGGAAAGAAACCAAACCCCGAACGAAACCCAACACCCGAAUCGUGACGAGUCGACGUGCGAUGACAGAGCUGAUACCAAACACCAUACUACAAAAUAACCAAGGAGAACUCCCAAUAAACCCCAGUGUAACACCCCACAAUUCCCGUAAUACACUGCCAGAAAGAUUUGCCCCGUGGUCAGCUCCUGCCUCGUUGCCGAUCCAACCCUCCCCAAUGAUCUGUCUCACAUCUAAGACAAUGAGCCAACGGCUAUGGGUUUCUUCGCCGCAAAAAAAGGGGGUAAAUGCUACCUUCGAGUGCUCAUCAAUAAAGCUAUAUAAUGGCGCCGGGACGACUUACCCUUCGAGGGUCCUGAGUGAAACAGAUGUCUAGCACCAGAGUUAUAUAUCGACCCCCCUUCCUCUCCCUUUCCCAGCAACGCAGAUAAAACGCCCUCGCAUCACUUUCUCCCGCAGUAAAUUUACCACGCUAAUAUCCAUCACAUCACAGCUCCAAGCCGCCAGCAUUUACACCAUGAAGCCCUCCUUCGCCAUGUUCCUCCUCUUCGGGCUCUCUGUCGCGAGUCCACUCACGGUCCUCCUCGUGGGUGUCUGUGUCGCCCAGGGUUGGCCCUGUAAUGUGGCUUCGGAUUGCUGUGGUGAUCUUAUUGUUCAUCGUGACUCUUCUGCGCCCUGUGGUUUGAAGAAUGAGGUGGAUGCUUGCUAAUGCGGGUGUGGGUGUAGUGUGAAGUCUGAAUUCGUCCCUCUAGAGGUCUCGGGGAGUGUCAUAACUCCGGUUUGAACGAUGACAGGCACGCGGCGCCUCGGCCGUGUUAACACCGGAGUUUGCUACACAACAAGUUGGGAACGCCGAGAUGUAGAUGUCUGUCUGAGCGCGCCAACCUUUAUUUGUUUGCGAGAUGCGACGAGGUGGAAUGGGUAAAAUAGUCUCAGAUCAAAACGCAACGGCCCGUUCUAGCGCGCUGUUCUAGAUGAACUUAUCUCAAACGCCAUGCGUUGUAUGGAGUUUUCUGUUGUAACAGGGUUUAAGCUCGGCCGACGAAAAGGGGGAUGGGGAUCGAUGGAAGCUUACUACAAAUGUUUACGAGAAAGUACGGGUAGUGACAAAUAAACUUGAUAUUUAUUUAGCGCUGAUGCAGAAGGGGAAGCCGAGGCGUUCAGUGAUACUGUAACACGGCGCCCUACAGGUUGCAUGGUGGUAUAAAUUGAGCUCUCGUGAAUGAUCUAUUUGUGGGGUGGCGGGGUUUGGAUCUCGAUACUAACUGUUAUAUCCAUUUCUACCUGUAGCAUUACUGCCACUUCCCAGUAGAGCCGUGACGCACAGGGCUGAAAUAGUGUUCAGUUUUCAAAGGUUACUCGGCUGAUUGUCACGAGAGGUGGGGUAUGGCACAUGUAACUAUCUUCAACUCAAGAUGGCGGCGGUACCAGGCAAGCCACGUUUGCUAAUGGCAUUAGAUGUACAGUGUUUCACAACUAAAGCAUGGAAUCCGACAAAUUUCCCAAAAGAUAGAAUUAAAAAUAUCUCUCUAGCAG